UAGCCCAAACUAAAUAAAACCCUAAUCCCAAACCUUGCUUACACCCCUCUCAUACGCACAAGUCAGAAGACUCGGAGGUGAGCUCCGCCGCAGCAGUAAGCAGCAGAAGAAGUAGAGGAAGAAGCAAAGCUUUACAUAAUCCGAAAAUGGAGACGGCAAGAACAGUAAAAGACGUGUCCCCUCAUGUGUUCGUCAAGGCCUACGCUGCUCACCUGAAACGCUCUGGCAAAAUUGAGCUUCCUGACUGGACGGAUAUUGUGAAGACUGGUACAUUCAAGGAGCUUGCUCCAUAUGACCCUGAUUGGUACUAUAUUAGAUCUGCAUCCAUGGCAAGGAAAAUCUACUUGAGGGGCGGUCUUGGUGUUGGUGCCUUCCGCAGGAUUUAUGGAGGGAGCAGGAGGAAUGGCAGUCGCCCACCCCACUUCUGUAAAAGCAGUGGCGCUGUUGCUCGUCACAUACUUCAGCAAUUGCAGAAGAUGAACAUCAUUGACCUUGACUCCAAAGGUGGAAGGAAAAUCACAUCCAAUGGCCAGCGGGAUCUCGACCAAGUUGCUGGACGGAUUGCUGUUGCAAUCUAAGAGAUUUACUUGAAAGUCUUUGAUUAUUGAUGCAAAAUAGUUAUAUACUUUUUGCAGUUAAAGUUUGAUUGAGAGCAGAUAUAGGAAGGAUUUUGAUAUUUUAUGUUGUGCCUGUCACUUUUACCAUGAACAUGGCUUCCUUUGUUAUUCAAUUUAAUUUCCAUGUGCUACUUUGUUGACUUCGGCUUUUCUUAAUUGAAGUUUUGUUCUUGAAGCCCAA